AGAAGGGUUCUAGUUAUGAAAUGGUUCACUACAGAAGCAGCAGGUACAGUAUAUUCUGUCUUUGAAGUGGCAUCUAUCUGAGGUAAGUGUGUAAUUGAGGGGUGGCCCUUCCCUUGUGUUGGAAGGAAACAAACUCCCAUGUCUUUCUGCUACUUCUGUUUGUUUCAGUAAUCCCACUAGAUUCCCCCCUCUCUACUCUCAGGCAAAGGAAAGGGAAUCUUCUUUCCAGAAACUGUAGCCUCUCCCUGACUCAAAUCUAAUCUAUUCCUUUGCUUUUCAGAGUUAGUAUCUGCCUUUUUCCCAGUGCAGCCACCAAGCAUUCAGCUUACCCCCACUACUCAUGAACGUGGGAAAAGUAUAAGACUAAACUAAACAUCAAAGUAAAUAACAAGUGAAUACUGCAGUGGUACAGGCCAAAUUCAGUUAAAGCCCUUUUCUCAUAUUAAAAAAGAAAUCCCUUGUGUGUGUUGGCAUUGUGUGUAAAUCAGAAGAACUACUGUGGGGUAGAAAAGAUUCUUGCAAUGUGUUAUGCCCCCAUGUGGUAAAAUACCAAUGUUACAGAAAACUAUUUCAAAAGUAAAAACAGAUUUCUAAUUUUAGCACAAGCCAUGUAGAGAAAUAGUAAAUGAUAAAUUGCACAUAAAAGGCUCCUAUUUCCUUAAUUUAAAAGUUAAUGUACAGUUGUUGCUUUCUGUACAUUCUCUACUCCUUUGUCCAGUCUACCUCAGUCUUCAAUGGUGAUAAGUCUUCUGCUGAUGCUGUGUGGUUCACGGUUUUGAUAAAUUCUGCUGUGCAGAAAUCUGUUUCCUGGUCUUCAUCUUAAACUUCAUUUUACCUAACACUGUGCAGAAGUUCAUCAGUGACGGUCAACCUCUAAUGUUUCUGUUCAAAACAUGCAUGAUGUGGAUCACUCACUCUCUCAGAAAUAAUAUUCAGCUUGCUGCAAUAUUUUCAGAUAACCAGGCAGGGUAGUUGGUAUUUUAAUUUUGAAGGCCUCAUCAGAAAUUCCAAAUGUAGGAUAAUGAUGUAUGGAUCUUAAACUGAGUUAGUUACUGGCAACCAUGCAGGGAACUUUGUGCAUCACUCCAUCUUUCUCUGGCCCCAUUCUAGAAGUUUAUUCCUAAUCUGUUCUAAAAUAAUUUAUCACAUGAAUCCUAAGGAGCACUAUUUUUUUUUUCCAACAGAGUUGCAGGAUUCACAGUCCUGCAACUUGGGAUAAGGCAAACAGAUCUGGAUGUGUAUUAUGUCCCCUCUCUGCCUGACAUUCAGUGCUGUUUAUGGAAGAAGCAACUGAACGGUACAGAAGUUUUGCUGGCUGAAGCAUGAAGUUUGAUACCCAUAACAGCUCUGGGCUGUGAACUCAGGAAAGAAGAGAUGAAGAAAAUUAUCUCCAAAGUUGAUGAGGAUGGGUCAGGGAAGAUAAACUUUGAGUCAUUUCUGCAGGUGAUGACUCAGAAAAUGGCGGAACCGUGUUCGAAAGAGGAGCUCCUGAAAGCUUUCAAGCUGUUUGAUCAUGAUGGCACCGGCAAGAUCUCCUUUGAGAAACUCAAGCUAGUGGCUGUUGAAGUUGGGGAGGACAUCAUGGAUGAGGAGCUGCAGGAAAUGAUUGACGAAGCAGAUUUGGAUGGAGAUGGGCAAGUGAAUAAACAGGAGUUCCUGCGGAUCCUGACUCUUACUGACCCAUAACUACAUAAUGUUUUUUCUUCUCCUGUUCCACUGUAAACAACAGGUAGAAAUGGCACUUUUCUCCAAAUUCCUUAGCUUUUGUGGGUUUUACUCAGUUUAUUGCCUUUCCUAGGCAUGAUAUUGUUAAUGUUUUACCUCUGGGGUCAAUUUUUGUGCUCCACUAUUGCAAGCAGUUUUCUACAUCCUAGUAAACAGUGUUGUUACUAGCUCUGUGUCUGUGUGGGUUGGUUCUGAAGUCUGAAAUUUGUUCAAAUUCUCCAGCUAGUGCCUGGAAUUCCCCCCCUUGUAUUGUAAUUACAUCCUGUUGCUUUUCAGCCUAUCUGAUAAGUUAGUCAAAAUGCUCUUUACCCUCAGAAAACCCAGUAUAACUCUCAGAAGUUAGUACUGUUGUCAGAAACUUCUGUACCUUUCCUGAACUGCAUCUGUGCAAAAGACAGUUGAAGGAAUUGGAUGCAGUUGCAAAAUCUGCAGCUCUGAGGCCAGGAGGUGUAAUGAGACCUACCACGCAUUUGUGCUUCCUGCCUAACAAAAUGCAUGUUCAAAUUGGAUGUUGUUCUGAGGUUGGGUUACUCACCGCAGUUCUCUGAGAGGGAUUCUCUAAGGACCAAGAGAACAGUCAACAGGAUUUUUGUGCUGGUAAGCACUUUCCCUCCUCUCCCUGGCAGCUGCUCUCCCAAGACUGGCUGAUGCUUUAUAUCUUAGAAGCUUGUACACCUUUGAAAACAUUGUGGAAGACAGCCAAUGGGUUGAAAAUGAUUGUUAGGGGAACCAGUGGAAAAAGGUACCACAGAAAAGAGUGAUUGGAUAAGCUCCAUUUUCACAAGAAACCUGGGUAAAAGUGGUGGUUCACACUACUCUGGGCUGUUCUGUCCUUCCCAUAAAUGUCGGUGUGCCCCUCUUUGCAGCAUGUAGAUAAAUUCCUUCCCACUUUGGUCCUUGGUAGAGUCUUGAAGGAUCUUGCCAUGUUGAUAAGAGAGCAAAAAUGUGCCAGUGGUUUGGAAAGGAUUUAAAAACUUGAAGAGUUUGCUGACAAGAGUGACAGAUGAUAGUUAUAAGAAAAUGUCUUAUACUGAAAGAAUUGAACAGCUCAGUCUGUAAAGAUUAUAUAAUACUACUUGAAUAAUAAGAACCUGUAUAACGAGAACAUACCAGCUACCAUCUAAAUGGCUUUUCAACCUAAUGGAGAUAAACCUGUCAAUAUCCA